UAGUAGUUAACUGUCUGUUAAGGUCCAACUAGAGGUUGGUGUGUCUUGUCAAUUUACAACUACUGGUUGAGAGGCUGUUAACGGGCUGAUUUUCAACUGGUGCUUUUUCUGCCUGUUAGGUUUCAACUAGGACUUCAGACAAAACAUUCGUUCCGGUUCUUCGCGUUUCACUAGUUCAGUAAGAGCCUGAUUUAACUACCUGGGCUCGGUUUGCGGACCCCGCCACCCGCACCCUCCUCUUUGCAAGGGUUGUUCUAUCCUCUCGUUCAACUGCUAAUUGAAUUUUCGGCAAGGGUUCCCAGACAUUAGAAACAACCUGAUGUAGGAUAUCAGGGAACAAAUCAUGUUAAUGCACUAUUUGGCAAGUAGUCUUUGUUCAGGAACUAGAGGUUGAAAAUCAGUGACAAGACUCUCCUUCAGGUCGAACUGGAAGUUACCUUUAACUGGUAGUUCGUCAACUAGCAGUUGAGACCCGAUUUGACAGGAAUAGCCCUUAGGCAGAUCUACCGAUCAAAAAAAGAAAACCCCUUUAGAGUUUUUAUUUGGGCCAGCAUUUGGCAACAAUGUGAAGUCACCUCAGAUCCAAACAAUAACAAGAACAUAACCUCAUUCUACAGUGAUUGUCAGUUUGUAGACUUUUAGAAAAUAAUAAUUACUUCGUGGUAGUUCUAAAACUUGUGUGUGAACUUCCCUAAUUUACAAUGCAGGCUAAUUUAAACGGUAUAAGUGAUGAUUAUGAUGAGAUUUCAUCACAUGUUUAUUCAAGUGAGAAUAUCCCUGGAGUCGGUUGCAACCUAGAGCAGUUCGAAACUCAGAUUUGUAACACGUGUAAAUGCUUUCCAGAAGACUGUUGCCCCGAAAAUAACUGCUCCUGCAUCAAAUUAUCACAUGGUGUAAACUAUGAAUUAUAUAGGGGCACCAAAACAGUUUCAAACACAAAACUAAAUUCCACCCCCUGUAGUUCAUACUCAAUAUUCGAAUGUAAUCAGAUGUGCUCCUGUUCCAAUUUUCCAUGCAUUAAUCGACUAGUACAGUUUGGUCCAAGGAAAUCCUUAUAUUUAAAAUCAUGCCCUCAAAAAGGUCUGUGUUUAUUUACUUCACUGCCGAUUCUGAAAGGUGAAUUUAUUUGUGAGUAUGCCGGAGAGAUCAUAUCUAGAGCUGAAGCUAAACGACGUUUGGAUUUGGACUCAAGAUCCAGUAAGAUGAACUAUAUUUUCUUCCUUCGCGAAAAUUUCACCAAUGAAGUGGUCGAAACCAUUGUUGAUCCAUCGUCUAUCGGCAACAUUGGAAGGUACAUAAACCACUCUUGCAGUCCUAAUGCAGCUAUAAUACCAGUACGAGUUGAUUCUGUGGUCCCAAAAUUAGCAAUUUUUGCAAAAUCAGAUAUCAUGGCAGAAAAAGAAAUAACAAUGAGCUACUCGACAGGAGCCUCAUCCAUGGUGCAUUCUUUGCCGCAAGAUCUUAAGCCCUGUAAUUGUUUGGAAGAAAAUUGUGUGAAAUACUUACCAAAUGAUAAUAUUUUCUAAGGAUUCGAAAGGGGGAUGAAAAGGCACCUGCUGACAAAGGUAUUGCUGAUAGUGAUGAUAGUGAAUCGGAGGAAGAACCUUUUGACUCCGU